AUGUGGGACGUAACUGAUCUGACGCAGGGCAAAACAUUCAAUAUGGACGGUGGCGCCGACAUGCGCCAUCAUUUUGGUCUCUCGGGCGAACCCAAGCCGCCGCAGGUCAUCGUGGAAGAAAAUGGCCCCGAACUAACUACGCCUGCAGUUGCGGCACUCAACGUUGCCAAACGCGAGUGUCAAAAACGCUACAUGGACUACUGGAACAGUACCGUCGAGUUAACGGGGACCGGCCGCCCAGUGGACGGCGUCUUUAGCCCUCUAGCACCUCAUGCGGCGGUGAUCCCGCACCAGUACCACAGUGUAGGAUAUUCGAGCUUCGUGAAUGUUCUCGACUAUACCAGUGUGGUGAUACCCGUCACAUGGGCCGAUAAGAUGGUGGAUACGAGGCAGCCAGAAGCUUCCUUAGGAGCGCAUAUCGAGUGGGACUGUGAGUUUGGACCCCUCUGGCGACGAAACUAUAGACUGAUGUCCGUGCAGAUGAUGCCGAUACCCAACUCGCCCGACGACUCGGCCAUCGGCGACGAAAACUCGCAAACCGCGUCCAAGACCGUGAACCCAUCCGCCAAGGAUCGCAAAUGCCAGUACUGCGGGCAGGCAUUCACGUCCUCGUCACUCGGCCGACACCUCGACCAGUUCCUCUUCAAAAAGAAGCCCGACGGGAUCCACGAUGUCGAGGAGAUUCGGCGCAUUCGUAGCGGCAUCACUCGUCGGCAAGCCCGUACCUCCUCAGGGAGACACGACAGCCCCGAUCGCGCAACGAAGAAGCCUUCCUCCGACCUGUACGCGACGGGAGAAUCUGGGUCGAAGGCACGCGAUACCCCCGUGCGCAUGAUGUUCAACACGCCGACGUGGCAUGCUACUGGCGUCAUCAACGAUAUCCCGAACCCGAGUCGGGGGCCCGAAGGACCGCGUCUCGCCCCGUCACAGUCGCGGACGGGAUCUAUGCAGUUGCCAGAUUAUGCCAGUCGGGGCGCUAGCGCCAAGGACCCGGAUACAAUGAGGGCACUGGAGCUGGCGCUGCGGGAAGUGUUGGACAACAUCAAGGCGGCAACGUCUCGCAUCCGGCCUCGUACAUCUCCCUUCGAGUUCGACAUCCAAGCCCAGACUUUUCCCUCCCUCUGUCUCCACCUCCUGCCUCCACCACCGAGCCUAUUCGCGUCGCAUCCCUUUUCCUCGCCGUCAUCUUUCCCUCUUGAACAACCGGGCGCCGAACACCUCGAAAUUGUCCGCCAAGCGCUCCGCUCUAAGAUCUCUCAAUGGCUAAACGACCAGCUGGCAGGAGAUGCCGCCUCUGCGCCCCAUGCACGGGCCCCGAAUAAUAGUAGCACCGAGACAAACAUGCUCUACCGCAGCGCCCAACAACACGAAGAAAUGAGUUUCCGGCAGCUCGACCUAGCCUUCAACCACUGGACCUCCUUAUCUCACGACACGCGCCGCGACGCAUGGCAACUAGAAAUGACGCGCGCGUUCGCUCGCGAAGCCGAGAAACGCAAAUCUCUCGACGAGCAGCUCGCACGCGUCCAGCAGGAAGCAAAUCAGCUCCGGGCGCAGGUGGAGCGGCUUGGAUCCUGCCAGUGGCCCCGAGAGUUUGCGCUCUUCCCUCCAGACACACUCCCCUUGCCCCGGGACGUGGCCCGGGAACUGGAGAUGCAGGAAAGCCAAACGAUCAGCGCGGACGGGGCGCGGUGGGACUAUGACAGCGUCGUUGCAAAAUGGAAGCGCGUCGUCAUGCACGACAAGAGUAUGGGCCGGAUCGGCGUGGGAUACGCAAAUACUACAUAUGAACAAGACCCAAACAAUAUCACCAACACAACCACCCAGCCGCCUUCCUACCACCCCAGUGCAUCCCGGCAAACGCCCGACGUGCGACUCCCGCGCCCUGGCGAGGAUACCUCAUCUCACCCAAACCGCCUUCGCCCCAUACAAUCCGCUGCCGCAACCAUGAGCCCCGAUCCAGCUGCCGCAUCCACACCAACCUCGUCAACACACUACGCCUCUCCAUACUCUCACGCCGAUCCCCGCAGUCCCCCGGCAGGCAGUGCCGGCGGAGGCCCGCCACACGCUAAGCGGCCACGGCUGAUGAAUGGGAAUGAUGGUCCCCAGGCUCCGGAGUCGAGUGUGGAAGGUGGGGGCGGGUUACCCGCUCCUUCGACGACGAUGGAUAGGCCGCCCGGUCUAUGGAGCUCUUCGACGCCGCUUUUGUCGAAUAUUGCGGCGCCGUCGCCGACUCCGCCGUCACGCCCGUAG